AGGCCGAUUGUCGAAAAGAUGGCUGCUUCCAGAGACGGCAUGAAACAUAGUAACACAGCGUUUGAGCUCUUUAACUACGUUUAGCUACGUUUUAAUACCUUUGGUGCAACCGAAUUUGUAUCAGAAGUCAUGUCUGCCCCUGGCUCCGCAGUGACCGGGACCACUGCGUCGGUUCUGCAGCCGCGAUGGAAAAGGGUCCUCGGGUGGUCCGGUCCGGUUCCCCGGCCAAGACAUGGACACAGAGCUGUGGCUAUAAAGGAGCUUAUGGUCGUAUUUGGCGGCGGAAACGAAGGAAUUGUUGACGAGCUACAUGUAUACAACACAGCAACAAACCAGUGGUUUAUCCCAGCGGUCCGCGGUGAUAUCCCACCUGGUUGUGCUGCGUAUGGCUUUGUGUGUGAUGGCACAAGGUUGCUGGUGUUUGGUGGAAUGGUGGAAUAUGGAAAGUACAGCAACGAUCUUUAUGAGCUACAGGCCAGCAGAUGGGAGUGGAAAAAACUGAAAGCAAAAAAUCCCAAAAACGGUCCCCCUCCAUGUCCUCGUCUUGGCCACAGCUUUUCACUGGUUGGUAACAAAUGCUACCUGUUUGGUGGACUGGCCAAUGACAGCGAAGACCCAAAAAACAACAUUCCCAGAUACCUGAAUGAUUUGUACACACUUGAGCUUCGUCCGGGUUCAAGCGUGGUUGGAUGGGAUAUUCCAAUCACGUACGGAGUUCUGCCACCUCCUCGUGAGAGUCACACUGCUGUGGUGUACACAGAGAAAACAACCAGGAAGUCUCGGUUGAUAAUCUAUGGAGGAAUGAGCGGUUGUCGUCUCGGGGAUCUGUGGACACUUGAUAUUGAUACCCUGACAUGGAACAAACCAACAGUAGGUGGCACAGCUCCCCUUCCACGAAGUCUUCACUCUGCCACCACAAUCACAAACAAGAUGUAUGUUUUUGGUGGAUGGGUUCCUUUAGUGAUGGAUGAUGUCAAAGUGGCCACACAUGAGAAAGAGUGGAAAUGCACAAACACUCUCGCAUGCCUAAAUCUUGACUCCAUGUAUUGGGAAACAGUGUUGAUGGAUACUCUUGAAGAUAACAUCCCCAGGGCCCGUGCCGGCCACUGUGCUGUGGCCAUCAACUCCAGGCUCUAUGUAUGGAGUGGUCGUGAUGGUUAUCGUAAAGCAUGGAAUAACCAAGUCUGUUGUAAAGACCUUUGGUACCUGGAAACAGAUCGGCCACAUGCUCCUGCCAGGGUACAGCUAGUCCGUGCCAACACAAACUCUCUGGAAGUGAGCUGGGGUGCAGUUUCCACAGCUGACACAUAUUUGCUGCAGCUGCAGAAGUAUGAUAUUCCUGCAACCCCAGCAGCAGCCUCCCCAGCCACGAGUGCAACCCCAUCACAGCCUAUUAACUCUCCAAAAAGUCCUGCUCCUGCAGCUGCAGCACCCUCUGCUCAAAGUUUACCACAGACGGCUGUUUUAAAGGUUGCAGCUCAACAAUCAGCCACUGGUGCAUCUGUUGUCACAGUUCGUCCCAGUCAGCCUGGGAAAUCCCCCGUCACUGUGACAUCUCUUCCUCCAGGUGUUCGAAUGGUCGUGCCUACCCAAACCACCCAAGGCUCGCCAAUUGGUAGUAGUCCUCAGAUGAGUGGUAUGGCAGCUUUAGCUGCUGCGGCUGCAGCUACACAGAAGAUCCCACCCUCGUCUGCAGGCACCGUCCUCAAUGUUCCUGCAGGUGCCACUAUUCUCAAAACAGUUGCUGUUUCUCCAGGCACAACCACAAUGAAAGUGGCUUCACCUGUAAUGGUCAGUAACCCGGCCACCCGGAUGUUGAAGACUGCUGCAGCCCAGGUGGGCAUAGCAACUGCGUCCUCUCCCACCACAACCAGACCCAUCAUCACUGUGCACAAGUCUGGUGCUGUCACAGUGGCUCAGCAGGCUCAGGUGGUGACCACCGUGGUGGGAGGAGUCACCAAGACCAUCACCCUGGUCAAGAGUCCACUCACAAUGGGCGGCAGUGGUACUCUGAUCUCCAACCUUGGCAAGAUGAUGUCUGUGGUACAAACCAAGCCAGUGCAGACAUCAGCUGUCACUGGCCAGGCUUCCACUAACCCUCUCACACAGAUCAUACAGACAAAGGGUUCGCUCCCAGCUGGCACCAUAUUGAAGCUGGUAACUUCUGCAGAUGGCAAACCCACAACGAUCAUCACAACAUCCCAGGCAGGAGGCACAGGAAACAAGCCCACGAUCCUCAACAUAAGUGGAGUCUCACCUGCUACUACCAAGCAGGGCACUACCAUCAUUAAGACCAUCCCUAUGUCGGCCAUCAUGACCCAGCCUGGAGCUACAGGUGUGACGAGCAGUGCAGGUAUGAAAACACCGAUAACAAUUCUUACCACGAAGGUAAUGACCUCUGGAACUCCUGGUAAAAUCAUCACUGCAGUGCCCAAACUCACCACUGCUGCUGGGCAGCAGGGACUGACGCAGGUGGUAUUAAAGGGUGCUCCUGGACAACCUGGCACUAUUCUGCGCACUGUGCCCAUGAGCACGGUGGGUGGUGUUCGUCUUGUUACUCCAGUCACCGUGUCAGCUGUUAAACCCACUGUCACCACCCUGGUUGUCAAGGGGACCACUGGGGUCACCACUCUGGGCACAGUCACUGGCACCGUGUCCACUACCUUAGCAGGAGGCACAGCUGACAGUUCCAGCGCCUCUCUGGUGACACCCAUCACCACAUUGGGAACUAUCGCCACGCUGUCCAGCCAGGUCAUUAGUCCAGCUGCCAUCACAGUGUCAGCUGCUCAGACUAGCUUGGCUUCUACUGCCACACUUUCCUCACCUACUAUGACAGUGCAAAACCAGCCCACACAGGUGACUCUGAUCACAACUCCCAGUGGGGUUGAAGCCCAACCAGUGCAGGAUCUUCCUGUGUCCAUCCUGGCUUCACCAACCUCUGAACAGCCCAGCUCCACUGAAGCUGGAACAGCUGGAGAUGGCUCUGGGACUGUAACCCUGGUCUGCUCCAACCCGCCGUGUGAGACUCACGAGACCGGAACCACCAACACAGCCACCACCUCCUCUGCCACCAUUGGAGGACCUCCUCUGCCACCAUUGGAGGAGGACAGGUCUGCUCCAACCCCCCGUGUGAGACUCAUGAAACGGGGACAACUAACACAGCUACUACAGCUUCAUCUAACAUGGGUGGAGUCCAGCAGGUGUGUUCAAACCCACCGUGUGAGACCCAUGUGACAGGUACCACCAACACAGCCACACAAGCUUCAUCCAACAUGAAUACAGAGGAGACGGGCACCGUGCAGAGUGCUCGCUCUAACCCACCCUGUGAAACCCACGAAACGGGGACCACCAACACUCCGUCCACAGCCACCUCCAACAUGGGAGGGGAUCAGACCAACACCGCAACAGGCCUGGUCCAGAGGGUUUGCUCCAACCCACCAUGCGAAACGCAUGAGACUGGGACCACCAACACUGCCACCACUGCUACCUGCAGCAUGGAGACAGGUGAAGGAACAGCUGCCCAGCAGACCGAAGAAGAAGCAGAAGGAACCAGCAGCACAGAAGUAGCUUCUACCACUGCAGCAACUGUCAUGGCCGCCACCACUCAAGGCAGAGCCAUCACCACUGUCACUCAGUCCACACCGGCCCCGGGGCCUUCAGUUCCUUCAAUUUCAUCAAUCACAGAGGGGGUGAGUACUGCUGCCAGCUCCACAGAAGAACCAAUGCAAACGGAUGAGGCUGCAGCAGGAGAACCUGCACCUGCUGAGGAGCCAACAGCAGCUAUGGAGACACAAGCAGAGGGAGAAGCAGCAGCUGCAACAGCCUUGAACCUGCCUUCAGAGCUGAUGUCUGAGGGUCAGGGAGCCACUCUGAUGGUGACCGGACUGUCUGAUGAAGAACUGGCUGUGACUGCUGCAGCCGAAGCUGCUGCUCAGGCAGCUGCCACUGAAGAAGCCCAGGCCCUCGCCAUCCAGGCUGUUCUCCAAGCGGCUCAGCAAGCUGUAAUGAAUGAAGGUGACGCUACUGGAGACCAAACCACCACCAUCCCCAUCAUGCUGACCCAGCAAGAUCUCGCAGCGUUGGUCCAGCAGCAGCAGCAGCUGCAGGAGGCCCAGGCUGCGGCCCAGCAGGCCUCAGUAGAUACCAGCUUACCCACCGAGGGCCUCGCACCCGCCGACAGCCUCAACGAUCCGUCUGUUGAAAGCAACGGACAUAAUGAAAUGGCUGCCUCUGUCACUAGUGCUGUGGCAUCUCUCCUACCACGUACCACCGCAGAGACACUGGCUCCAUCAAGUACAUUUGCACCAUCUGUAUCGGUAGCAAGUCCAGCCAAGCUGCAAGCAGCAGCCACUCUUGCAGAGGUUGCUAAUGGCAUCGAGGGAGAGAAGCAGGCCCCUCAGCCAACUCCAGUAAAGCCUGUUGUUAAAAAGGAGAACCAGUGGUUUGAUGUUGGAAUUGUAAAAGUGACAAACAUGGUUGUCACUCACUUCUACGUGCCAGCAGAUGAUUCCCAGGGAGACGACGACUCUGGCAUCAUACCAGAUUACAGUCAGAUGAAGAAAAUGGAGCUGCAGCCGGGCACGGCCUACAAGUUCCGUGUUGCAGGAAUCAACGCUUGUGGCCGUGGGACUUUCUCUGAAAUUUCUGCUUUCAAGACUUGCCUACCAGGUUUUCCAGGGGCGCCAUGUGCCAUCAAAAUCAGCAAGAGUCCAGAUGGUGCCCACCUGACCUGGGAGCCUCCCUCUGUGACGUCAGGAAAAAUCAUUGAGUACUCCGUGUACCUGGCCAUCCAGAGCAACCAGACAACAGAGGCCAAGGCGUCCACCCCGGCACAGCUAGCCUUCAUGCGGGUGUAUUGUGGACCCAACCCGUCUUGCUUGGUGCAGUCGGCCAGCCUCUCCAACGCUCACAUCGACUACACCACUAAGCCAGCUAUCAUCUUCCGCAUCGCCGCUCGCAACGAGAAGGGCUACGGCCCUGCUACCCAAGUUCGAUGGCUUCAGGAAUCUGGGAAAGAUGCUGCUUCUGCAAAACUUGCUCCUAAAAGACCAGGCACCUCCCCUGAUACUAAGCCUGGUCCAAAGAAAGCAAGAACAGACCAGUGAGGCUGCCCAGAGAGUCCCAGUCUUGGUUUUUUUUUUUUUUUUUCCACUGUCCUUUUUAUCAGGAAGACUGAGCUUCGCUCCUCCUCAUCCUCCUCCUAAUCUCAUCCUCCACCCCCACGUCUCAGAUCAAGACGGCAACAAAGGCAGAACACCAACAUGAAGCCGAGAUGAAAGUCCAUCUGAGAUGUUUCUGUAGAUAAAACCCUUCUUUCCUCUCCUUGUUUCCUUGGUCGUGAUAUUUUUAGAGCAACACAAACCUAGAAGCACAUUAUCUUUUUCAGUCGCACCCCCAUCCAUAUUUUUAACAUCUAUUUUUUUUUUUUUUUUUUUUUUUGGCUUGUUUCAAGUAGUUGAACAAUAUCUAGAAGUAUUUACACUUUCCACAAACUGGGAGCCUGCCUGAGCGCAAUGUUGUCUUCUUUUUUCCUGUUUUGUGAAUUCUGGGGGAACGUAGAGAGAGACUACAUGAAAUGUUGUACAGUGUUGAAAACGGCUGCGGAGGCAUUAGUUUAGAGGAGAGGAAAAAAUCGGUAUGGAAACAAAUAAAGCACUUGUCCUCCACGAACGAGGACAUCAUUUUCUUUAUUCCUUUUUCUUUUGGCUGAAAUUUUCUUCAUCGAGAACCAACUCUGUACAGUCAUCGUAAUGGACUCCAGUCUCCUGCUAAUAGAAUCACUGUGCGCUUUUUACCCCGAGAUGACGACUGGUGGCCGACGCGUCGGAGCGGACGAGGGGGGGGGGG